AAGAAGUUUUUUUUUUUUUUUUUUUAAGAAAAAGAAAGAAAGGACAGGAAAAUGAUCUAUGCAAAAUUGAUGAAUUCAAGAAAAACAUUCCGUAGUUUCUGUAAUAAGAUAUAAUAGAAACACACGUUUUUACCCUUUGCUGGUGAGAAUACAAAUGGCAGGAAGGCAUUAAAGAAAUAAGAAAAACCGGGAAGUCCUAUGAUAAUCUUGUUCACUAGCACAUAAAUUGCCAAAAGGCACGAAGAGGAAGAUCAGAAUUAUGAGUAUAGAGGAAAGAAAUAUGCACACUUCAUCUCGUCUUGGAAUAAGUUUCAUGGUUCUUUUGUUCUUCUGCUUCUGCACUGGGGUUCAUUCGCAGAAUGUGCAUGCAAGCACCAAAAACAGGUUGGGAAAUAGAAGAAACUUGACCUUACACUACCAAUCUAAAGACAAUGAUCUCGGGCAGCAGAAUGUUGCAGAUGAGAAGUACCAUUUUGAUGCAUAUUCCUUUGAUAGGGACUUCGCUCGUUUCCAGAGUAACUGUUCAUGGCUGGUAGCAGCAGAAGGCAUGUACAGCUUAAAUGGCCAAACGGGAUUCUGUGAAUUCAAUUACUAUUGGCCAGAGUGAUAUAAGGAUGUCCCUUGCUCUGCUCAUCAUAUGCUAGGUAUGAAUAAAAUGGAUAAAAACAUUUGUACUUAUAAUUCAUUGAGUAUUCGAAGAAAGUGCACAACACAAGAAGUUUAAUUGUAAGUUUCUUUCGAUUUAGUUUAACCACACCAACCCAUUGGAAGAAUUGCAAUAAGAUUUGUCACCAUAAAUGAUGUUCAGAAUAGAGAGAUUGAUGCAUUCUUAUAAUUUUCCAGUCAGAAAAUGGCAAACAGAUCAAAAAGAAAGAAUGAAUAUUUACUAAAAUCUAGAAUUGAAGGCCAUGCUCGCGGACGGAAUCAGCUACAGCUUCUACACGUCCAUGAUAUGGAAAUCCACCACUGUCAAAGACCACAGUUGUGAUCCCUUUUUCUAGGCAGGACUUUGCUAUGAUUUCGCCAAUCCUCUUUGCUACUUCCUGACAUCAAAAGCUUGUAGAGGUUAGCAUUUUUCUAAAACUGGUAGAAUAGGUGAGGGUAAGGGGAGUGAAAAUGAAACUUGUCAUGGCUG